GGGGGAGGAGCAGAAAGAAAAGCCCCGAGAGCGGGAAGGGCGGAGACGGCUGCAGCUACCACCGCGGCCUCGAGCUCGGCGAUGACCCAGCAAGGGGCGGCCCUGCAGAACUACAAUAACGAGCUGGUCAAAUGUAUUGAAGAUCUGUGCAUAAAAAGGGAUGAGCUGAACAAACAGAUCCGGCUAGAGGAAGAAGAGAAGGUUAAGCUGCAGAAUGAAAUCCGUCUCUUGACAGAGAAGCUAGCCCGUAUUAAUGAAAACCUGGCCCGCAAGAUGGCUUCCCGGAAUGAAUUUGAUAAAACCAUUGCUGAGACUGAAGCUGCUUAUAUGAAGAUCUUGGAAAGUUCACAGACACUACUAAAUGUCCUCAAAAAGGAAGCAGGGAAUCUCACCAAAGCCACAGAUACAAAAAGCUCUGUGACUAAAGAAAGUUGAGCAGUUGUUUGAAAUAGUUCUUUUAAGAGGGAGCGCAAGGCUCACUGGAAACUUUGCAGAUACUGCUUGGUUUAAAACAAUGUCUAAUAAAUUGUAUAGUUUUCUCAAAGCUUUCUUGCUUUAUGUUUAAGAUGACAAAGAUUCAAUUGAACUGGCAAACAGCUCCUAACAGCAGAAACCUUUCAUAGGCAUGCUAUACAUAAGAUGUUAACAAAGAUGAGGCUGCCUUUUUCCUUAGUGGAAAGAGCUCUUGUACAUGACUUUCUGUUUUAGCUUCACCCCUCUACUGCAGCAUGAGAUUUGCUAGCAAUAACUGUAUUGACUCCAUAUUCCCAUAUAGUAUCUAGUGCACAGAAGUUGUAGCAUGGGAGGUAGAGUACAGUUCUGAACCUGUCUAGUUUGUAGUAUGAGCUGAAAUAAUUGCAGUGUUAAAGGCAGCAUCAGGCAGGUUUUAGAGAUGUCCAAUAAAUUAUUUUCCUCGAGUCACCACUGGCUAUUAGUUUCUGAUGUUCUCAGGCUACUAUAUUUACUUAAAUGCAAGACUAGGGUUUUUCCCAGGUAUGCCAUCCCAAAAGAAGGGGUCAUCAUACAUUCACAUAUGAACUAAUUAUGUCCAG